CUCUCUUCAUCGUCUCUACAUUCUCCCCUCUUCAGCUCUCCGCUCUUCUGCCUGCACGUACUUCAUCUGGUCGCUCCGCUGACGGCCAGGUCCUCACCAUGUGAUGUCCAAGGAAGCUCGGGACUCAACGUCCCAAGAAAACUCAUCACUCUCUAUAGCCUCGCUUCAAAGCUAACCCCAUAAUUCAUACAGACAAAAUCAUAAUUCAUACAGAGAUACAAAACAUCGAUGGAAUGAACUUUCGACCAAGAACCAAGCAACACAAAGAAUGCAAGGAAACACUAAAGACACGCAAAAUCAGACUAACACUACUCCCCACAUGCCAAAACUGACCUCCACAAGCACUGGACAACAGAUGGACACACGCACACCAUCAGCACCAUGCACGAGAGCCUACAAGCAUCAUCAUGUACAUCACCACUCAUCUGUUUUCCCCACUUGAAUUGUUUUGACCUUCUGUUCAAUAAACGUCCCCUCUGGGGUAAUUUUCCUCAUUCUCUGCCUACACUUCAUUCUCAUCUCACUACAUCACUUACACUAAUGUUAUCAGGUGUGAUAUUGCCAUCAAAUUAUGCUUUUUGCUUUUCAAGUGACUGUGAUAAUCGUUUGCCUCAAUUCUGAUUCACAGUCUCCACAGUUUCAAUCAAAGAACUGUGUAAGUUAAAAACUGUUUUUACAAAAAAAACCAUCAAAUAAAUAUGCUUUACAAUGUCACUCUUCAUUAUAGCCCACUUAAGAAUACUAUAAAUUUCAUUUAUGAGAAUAGUUUUCCUAAAACUGUGACGUUCACGGCAAUCUCCCAUUCAUUCCUAUUAGAAGUUCAGCAAAGCUUAUCAGAGCAAGCAGUGGUAACAAAGGGGGGAGAAGCUAGGCGAAGGGUCAAUUAUACUCUAUUUAUAUUUGGUUUUUGUUGGAGUCCUGCAAACCAAUGGACAAGGACCUGCUUUUGUGGUGGAAAGAAACUGUGAAGGGGUACAAGAAACUUGGAAGCGUAUCAGACCAGUAUGUGUAUGUGCUUUAAAUCAGGCAGUGCUCAUUUUAUAAAAAGCCAACUUUCACCACUUGUUUUUCUGAAUAACAAUAUGUGAAAUUAUAAAAAUGUGAUGGCUUUUAUGUAGAACUUAUAUAUAUGCAUAACCCUUAUGACAUCAGCAUUGGUUUCUAUAUUUCUAAGCUUCGGAUGAGUGUAAAUGUAACUUUUAAAUGUUUGUUUUCUUCUUUUUUAUUAAUGCAUAUUGUUAAUUUAUUUUAUUCUCAAAAGAAAAGAAUAGUUUGAUGAAGUUACCUUAUUCAGAAGUCGUUCUUGGUCGUGUUUAUGAAUAAAAAAUAUAAAGGUCACGUACGUGUCAAACUUGUUAUUUUUUACUUAUUUUUGUAUGUAUAUUUUAAUUUAUGAGUAAUCAAGUACUUGUGAUUGUGAGUUAGAUUACGCAACAACAAAAGUACUUAAAAAAACAAAUCCCUAAUGGUGACUUCUCCGUUUUGCAGAGAGCUGUUGUGCAAUAGAAGUUCUAAACUUCUUAUGUGCGCAACAGAGUUGGGCAACAGGGGACAUGCCUGGCACCAAAUCGGCUACAGGAUGUGUAACGGUGAGAUCACUAGAAUGAGAGAGAGGCUCCAUGACAUCAGUGUUCAGCCAGGCUCUCAGACAGGCCUGACCAGAAUAUGCUGGUUUGUUUGUGAGCCUCAGUAACUACUAGAAAACAUAAUGUGGGGUGUUUUAAACUUCACAAGCCACACCCUCCAAAGCCACUGGGAAUAACAGGAUCUUAACUAUAAAUGAGUAUUACAACACACCCAUAUAUCUCAUUAUUGCAGGCUAGCUGGUACACUAUGGGUAAACACAAUUUGUGGUAGUAUCCCUAGCACAUUACUUGCAGUGAACACACCAGCUACACAACAACUGCUAAAGGCUGGCUCUCAAAGGAUUACAUUCCACAAACUAAAUGGAGCUCAUAAACGUAUGGAUUCCUGCAGCUCCCAAAAGAGCUGCGUCCUGCUGAAGGACAUGCUCGUGAAGCUGGUACAGGGCACAUUCAUUUGACUGGAGAUGUGCUGUUAAGCAAAUUUACAAUGUAUACACAGAAUACACAGACUUAGACACUUAGCCAUCUCUCAUUUACCUUGCAUGAUCUGGAAAUGCUUAGCUCUAUACAAGACCUUACAAGAAAAGUUCCAACUCCAUCCUUAGGGACAGAUAAAUCAAUUAAAUGUAACUUCACAACUUUGUAAUAUCUGUUUCAAGGAGAGUUUGCAAUAAAUGUAAAGAUUUUCAAAGGGACAGUUCACUCAGAAAUGAAAAUGAUAUCAUCAUUCACUCACUUACCUGUCGUUCCAAACCCAAAUGACAUCCUUUCUUCAUUGGAAAACAACAAGAGACCAUAAACAGAAUGUUAGUCUCACCAUUCAUGUUCACUGCAUCUUUUUACCUUCCAAUGAAAGUGAAUGGUGACUGAGGUUGUCAUUCUGCUUAACAUCUUCUUUGGUGUUUCACUUAAGAAAGUAAGUCAUACAGGUUUGGAACAAGAGGGUAAGUAAAUGGUGAAGGACUUGUCUUUUGUGUGUGUGUGUGUGUGUGUGUGUGUGUGUGUGUGUGUGUGUGUGUGUGUGUGUGUGCGUGUGUGUGUGUUCAGGUAUAUAUGGUUUACGGGGACACUUUUUAGGUUACAAACUAGUAAUUAUGGGGGUAUUAUGCUAUAGAAGUGAUUUCUGAGGACACCUCAAGUGUCCUUGUAAUUCAAAAGGCCACGUGAUACUAAACAAUGUUUUUGUUGUUUUUUUAUGUAAAAAUGCCAAAAGGUUUCUAUGACGGUUAGGUUUAACAAAACAAUAAAUCUGAUAACACAACAGCAAAUCUCAAAACAAAAGUGUUUAUUAAGUUAGAACAUUCAAAUCAAUUGAAUGAACACUUGGACACCACCAACAUUUUAGCACAGUUUGUGGACUUCGUGGGUGGCUGUGGGUCAUGUGGAAGAGCGGGUUGUCCACUAAUCGCAGGGUGGGCGGUUCGAUUCCCGGCUCACACGACUCCACAUGCGAAGUGUCCUUGGGCAAGACACUGAAUCCCAUAUUGCUCCCAAUGGUGCCUGCCAUCAUUGGUGUGUGAAUGGGUAAAUGAGACGCAGUGCAAUGUGCGUUGAAAACGUUUAAAAAGGCUCUAUAUAAGUGCAGACCAUUUACUUUUAGAUGGUCCUUUAUGCACUUAAACCAUAGGUGGAUAACGUAACUAAAACUUUAUCCCGCUCGCUUUUUGCUUUCUGUGUUCUAAAGUGUACCUUUACUGUGUUACGGAGUGAGAAAUCACUUCAAAUUAUUCAGUUUUUUAGUCAGAAAAGGUAAGUUCUAGCUUACGCUACGGGAAAGAUUACGCUACGGGAAAGAUUCAUCUUUCUAUAAUUGAGAUAUUGAAGCCAAAAAAUUAUCCUUAAUUUUGUAUCAUUUGUCAACGCAGUGCAGCAACAGCAGACCUUGAGCGGGCUAGCUAGCGAGCUCAUUGGUUGCUCUGCGGCAACUGCUGCAGCCUAUAGACGAACUUGGGCGAACUCGCGUCCAAUGAGAGGCGUCCGCGCGCUCACUGCAUCAAAGCCCGCCAAAAUGGCCGUGGCUAGAGUGCAUAUAAGCGUAGUUCGUAGGCUGGAACCCUGAUUUUCAUCUCUUCAGCGAAGCUCUUCGCAUCUCUGAAACUGCAAGAAGCCGCGUCACCGUUCGAGGGGCAUCAAGCAAGCUUGGACAGAGCUCGAAGUAGCCGGCCGCCGCCACCUUCAGCCAUCCUGCGAGCUACGCCAUCCGGCGAGGUAUCCUUUUUAAAGCAAACUAGUUCCUCAGUGAACUUCACAAAAGAGCACAAGCAUCUUUUUAAAGAUGCCUCGCACCUGCGGUUCAUGCCGCACCCCUCUCAGCGCCGGAGACCGCCACAUCAUCUGCGCUCUCUGCCUGGGACUGGGACAUGCAGAGCUCGCCUUCGCUGACGGCGGAUGCGACCUCUGCGAGGAGCUUCCGAUGUCGACCCUGCGGGCUCGACUCGAAGCGCUCAGGACCGAAGCCGCCGCGCCGCCUUCUGUUUCGCCGCGCCGGAAGAAGCGCCGCUCCCAAAGGCUGCCGGAACCGGGUUUAGAAGCGACUGUCUCGCCGGAGCCUCUCCCUCGAGCAUCGCGUUCGCCCUCCCCGCCCCCCCGGGACGCGCAGUUGCUGCCGAGCGGCCGCACUGCUGCCACCUCGGAGAGCGAGGCGGAGGACAAGGGCUGCUGUUUCAUCAUGGCUUCGGACAGCGAGGAGUGGUCACAAGCCUCCUCAUCGGCCCAGGAAUCCAGCAGGACCCGCGCCGGAGUCGAAGAGGAACUGAUACGCCUCCUCACACAGGCCGUCGACCGCCUCGGGCUCAAGUGGUCACCGCCCCCUGAGCAGGCUCCCAACAGACUCGACGGCUGCUUUCUUCAAAGCAGUCACCGAGCGGCGCCCGCGGCCCGGGCCGCUCCCUUCCUGCCGGAACUCCACGCCGAGCUCUCUAAAUCGUGGAACGCGCCUCUCUCGGCCAGGAUUCGAUCCCACGUCUCCACCUCUCUCGCUUCAGUGGACGGCGCCGCCGAGAAGGGCUACACUUCCAUCCCCCCGGUCGAGGAUUCGGUAGCAGCACACCUUUGCCCGCCCUCCGCGAGAUGGCGGUCUAAGCCAGUGCUCCCGUCUAAGGCCUGCAGAACUACUUCCGCCUGUGUUGGCUGCGCCUAUUCCGCCGCCGGCCAAGCCGCAUCUGCUCUGCAUUCCAUGGCCGUCUUGCAGAUCCUCCAAGCGGACCUUCUUCGGGAAUGGGAUGAGAAAGGCAGGCACCCAGAGGCUGUUACAGAUCUAAGGAGCGCGACGGACCUCGCCCUUCGUGCCACCAAAGCUGCAGCUCAAGCCCUAGGGUAGUGCAUGGCCUCGCUGACUGUAACCGAGAGACACCUGUGGCUAACGCUAGCCGACAUGGGAGAAGCUGAGCGCUCCACGUUCCUCAACGCACCGCUCUCUCCGUCCGGUCUCUUCGGUUCCGCGGUAAGUGGCAUUGUUGACCGUUUUUCGGAAGUCCAGAAAGCCACCCAAGCCAUGAAUCUCUUCCUGCCUCGCCGCGCUAGCUCCUCUGCAGGCCGCCCACGUAACCAGCCUCCUGCACGAGCAUCUUCACAGCGCCCAGCUCAACAAAGCCAGACUUCCCAGCAUCGACAGGGCGGCUGCCCCAGAUCGCGCUCAGACAGCCGCCACAGACCGCCGCCCCCCCGCGGGCCUCGGCCUAAGAUUGCGCUGAAACCUGAACAACCGAAGUCCUCCUAGCUUUGUUGAAAAAACGACGGCUCAGUCCCGCCGCGGCCGGACCACUGUCAAAGCUUCGCCCCCUGUCAGUCCCCUUCUCUCAGGCUACUACAGUGGUGAAUUCAGCAGCCAACAAGCCGGUGUUACUACCCGCUUGCCUGCACUCAAACACCGUUUUCACGGCAACACAAAAAGAUCUUGUAAAGAGCAAACAUGUCUUAUGUGUAGAAAAUGUGCCCACAAUCCAGUGUUCACCCCUACACACAAGCAUUACACUUCCCGUGUCCCUAUCAGAGAGCAGACAUGCCUUAUGUGUAGAAAAUGUGCCCACAAUCCAGUGUUCACCCCUACACACAAGCAUUACACUUCCCGCGUUCCUAUCAGAGCACACUCACAUAAAGCGGGCACAGCCCGCUCGAGUGUUAGAGUCAAUAAACGCACGAGCCCGUGCGCGCGUCCCCUCUCUGCCCGCUCUGUUACACGGCCAGCAAACACCUCUCUAUGUGUAAGUCCCGUGCCCGUGACUAUGCUCGCGCAUCACUUAACAGAUGUGACUCUUUCCCCAUUCAUCUCAAUCGGGAAGUCACUCACAGAACAGCAUGUCCCUGCUGUCUGCGAGCAGUCAUGCAUAAGCACAAUAAGGGCGCUCACACAUUCUGUUCAGCCCGCUGUGUACGGCAAUCAGGGUGACUCGGCCAUUCACCCUCUAGCGUUACGCUUCAAAGCGUGGGAAGCUCUCCCAGGGAUAUGCAAAUGGGUGUUAAGCACAAUAAAACAGGGCUAUUUGCUACAGUUCGAUCGCCGCCCUCUCCGCUUCAGGGCGCGACUCGAAACUACUGUGAACACGGAAGCAGCCUGCAUGCUUCGUUCAGAAAUAGCAAACCUUCUGUGCAAAAGGGCCAUAGAGAGAGUGCCGCCUUCACUGAGCGAGUCAGGGUUUUACAGCCGUUAUUUUCUUGUCCCCAAGAAAGACGGCGGCCUCAGACCAAUAUUAGAUCUCAGGGUUUUGAACAAGGUGCUUGCAAAAAGACCGUUCAAAAUGUUUACAAUCAGGAAACUCCUCGCGCAUGUGCGCCAGGGGGACUGGUUUAUUUCUCUCGAUCUGAAAGAUGCC